GGCACUCAGCUCAUCUCCAACGCUGCCAAACAGCUGGGACAGCUCUCCAAGAUAAAGGAGCACAUGGGUCGUGAGGAGGCCAAGGCAUUGUCCCCUAAGCAGUGUGCUGUGAUAGAACUGGCUCUGGACACCAUCAAGCAAUACUUCCAUGCUGGAGGGGUGGGCCUGAAAAAGACCUUCCUGGAGAAGAGUCCUGACCUGUUGUCUCUACACUAUGCCCUGUCCCUCUACACCCAGGCCACAGACAAACUCAUCAAGACCUUUGUUUCAUCUCAGAACGCACAAGUAUUCGGCGGGAAGGGGGUGAGGUUCACGGCUAGUGAGGAUGUGUACCCAGAGAAGGGCUCUGGAGUGGACGACGCCGUGGGAGAGGUGUCUAUCCACGUGGAGAUCUUCACCCACCCCAACACUGGAGAGCACAAGGUCACCGUCAAAGUGGUGGCAGCCAAUGACCUGAGGUGGCAGACCACGGGGGUGUUCCGUCCCUUCGUGGAGAUCUACAUUAUCGGUCCUCACCUGGCUGACAAGAAGAGGAAGUAUGCCACCAAGUCCAAGAACAACAGCUACGCCCCCAAAUACAACGAAACGUUCACAUACACCCUCAGUAACGAGGUGGGCACAGAGUGUUACGAGCUGCAGGUGUGUGUGAAGGACUACUGCUUCGCCCGGGAGGACCGUACGGUAGGCAUGGCCGUGAUGCAGUUGAAGGACAUGUCCUCUAGGGGCAGCGUGGCUUGCUGGCUCCCACUGGGGAAACGCGUGCACAUGGACGAGACGGGCCUCACCGUCCUCCGCAUCCUGUCCCAGCGCAACAACGACGACGUGGCAAAGGAGUUCGUCAAGCUCAAGUCAGACCAGCGUUCUCCCGAGGAGGGCCGAGGCUGAGAGGG